AAUGGUGUUGGAUUACUAUUCCAAUUUUAUGGCAAGACCCUUUUAGAUAUUGUAAACGUGAUAAAAAUGAUUCAUUAAAACGAAUUAUUUAUUAUUAUUUAAAUUCCACUGAACAACGAAAUUUUAAUUAUAAUUUUGGAAUUAUUAAUCAUCCUAUGUUUGACUAUUUAAAAUUCAUAAAACAUGUAAAUGCAACCCAUAUUCACAAAAUCCUUCGGAGAACAAAUAGAACAAUAAUAACAAUUGAAUUAUUAUUAAGAUCAUCAAAUAUUGUUAAAUAUAUCACGUUACAAAACAAUGAAAAUUUUAAAUCUUUAAAAAAAUAUAUGGAAAAUCAUGAAAUUGAUUUAAUUUUGAUGAAUCCUAUUCUUUUAUCACAAAAAUUUAAAUUUAAAUAUGCUAAUAAUUUAG